CCGCAACGUUGAGCGGAGGAGGGAUUGCUCAGCGCGAUCUUGCCGUCCGCUUCGGCCCGUUUUGGGACGAGGCGAAGGGCGUGCAGAUUUCCGCAGACGGGGCACGUGAAUUGUGUGAAAUACGGCCGUGCGGAGCCGUGCAACGAGGCGAUGAUGGUUGCAGGAGGUUCUGGAACCCCCCUACAUUCGCGCGUUGGUCUGGUCUGCGGUAUAGCUCUCUCGGUCGCUCAGUUCACGCCGGCCCAAGAUGGCCGGGCUUUGGGAUCUGGUGACAGGGAGUCGUGAAAGGGAUAUGAUGACAAAUUACGUUUGAACUUUUUUUUGACUCAUACAUAUAAAAAAAACCAACGCCCCCCCCCCCUCCUCUUCCCUCCCACCCUUCUUCCAUUUCGACUCUUAACUCCCUUUUUUUUUGCCAAAAUCUUUUCAAUCCGUCAAGACAUAGCAUGAUAGUACCAGGAAGAAAAUGGGUGAGAAGCACGAACUGCGUCUUAAAAGCCCAGUGGGUGCGGAGCCCGCUGUGUAUCCCUGGCCGUUACCAGUCUAUGACAAACACCAUGAUGCUGCUCAUGAAAUUAUUGAAACCAUCCGAUGGGUAUGUGAGGAGGUCCCUGAUCUUAAACUUGCCAUGGAAAACUAUGUGCUAGUGGACUAUGAUACCAAAUGUUUUGAGAGUAUGCAGAAGCUUUGUGAGAAGUACAACCGGGCCAUGGAUAGCAUUCAACAAUUGUGGAAAGGGACAACACAGCCCAUGAAACUGAACACUCGGCCUUGCAAUGGCUUGCUACGACAUAUUCUGCAACAGGUCUACAACCACUCGGUGACUGAUCCAGAGAAAUUGAACAAUUAUGAACCCUUUUCCCCUGAAGUUUAUGGAGAAACAUCCUUUGAUUUAGUUGCUCAAAUGAUUGAUGAGAUCAAGAUGACUGAAGAUGACACUUUUGUUGACUUAGGAAGUGGAGUGGGUCAAGUAGUGUUGCAAGUUGCUGCAGCUACACAGUGCAAGCAUUACUAUGGUGUAGAAAAGGCAGAGAUACCAGCAAAAUAUGCAGAGACGAUGGAUACAGAGUUCAGAAAAUGGAUGCGAUGGUAUGGCAAAAAAUAUGGAGAGUACACACUGGAAAGAGGUGACUUCUUAUCUGAAGAAUGGAAAGAAAAAAUUGCAAGUACAAGCGUCGUGUUUGUGAAUAAUUUUGCCUUUGGCCCUGAGGUGGAUCACCAGCUGAAGGAGCGAUUUGCGAACAUGAAGGAAGGUGGCAAAAUUGUCUCUUCCAAACCUUUUGCACCAUUAAACUUCAGAAUAAACAGUCGGAACUUAAGUGACAUUGGCACUAUCAUGAGAGUUGUGGAGUUAUCACCAUUGCGAGGCUCCGUUUCAUGGACUGGUAAACCAGUCUCCUACUACCUGCAUACAAUUGAUCGGACAAUACUUGAAAACUACUUUUCUAGUCUCAAAAAUCCAAAACUCAGGGAGGAACAAGAGGCAGCUAGACGCAGACAACAAAAGGAAAAUAAAGAAAAUAAAAGUAGUACAACGACUCCAACCAAGGAUUCUGGUCCUGAAGAGGAUAAAAUUGGGGUAACCGGGAUCAAAAAAGCAUCUUCACCUGCGAAACCACGGAAGAGCAAGAUAAUUAAUAAAAGCAAGAGAAUUGCAGUUAGAAAAAGAGGCCGCCCCAAGAAAAUGAGCACUGCAAGGAAUACCAAGACAAAUCAAUCUGCACUGGAUCUUUUACAUGCGCAGACUCUGUCAGCAUCCUCACCUCAGGAUGCGUACAAGUCACCUCAUAGUCCAUUUUACCAACUACCUCCCAAAGUGCAACGCUAUUCACCCAAUCAGUUUUUACUGGGUCCUACACCACCUGCACUACAAAAGCUGCUAGAGUCUUUCAGGUUACAGUAUCUUCAAUUUAUGGCAUAUAUGAAGACACCUCAGUACAAGUCAAACUUACAGCAGUUGUUGGAUCAGGAAAAGUUGAAGAACAUGCAGUUGACAGGAACAGCGCAGCAAUUGUUCAGGCACUGUCAGACACAGAAAGAAGAAGUCAGGCUUCUUUUUCAGCAAAAACUUGAAGAGUUGGGUAUAAAGGCCAUGACAUUCAAUGACUUACUCCAAGCACAGAAAGAGAUCAUCGCUCACAACAGGCAGCUAAAAGAACAGACAAAGCAGCUGGAAAAGGAUAAUGGUGAUCUCAGGAAACACAGUCUACAGCUGCUGAAAGCCCGAUGUGAAGAGCUAAAUUUGGAUUGGUCCUCGUUGUCUUUGGACAAUUUGCUGAAGGAGAAACAAACUUUGAAGAGCCAGAUCUCAGAAAAACAAAGGCACUGCUUAGAACUACAGAUCAGCAUUGUGGAGUUGGAGAAGAGUCAACGACAGCAAGAGUUAAUACAGCUGAAGUCCUAUAUGCCAUCAGAUGACACACCUCUUCAGCUGCACCACAAAAACAAAAACUGUGAGAUGGAUGCAGAAAGAAACAGAUAUCAACUGGAGAUUGAAUGUCCUAAAAUUCCAAUGGCAAAUAUGAAUGGCCUGAGUCCUGAACUCUCUAUUAAUGGAAGUGCAACUCCUUUUGAAAUUCACAGUUCUUUAAACCGGCCUCCUUCCAAAUCACAGAAUGUAUACAACACUGUAUUUCCAGACCAGGAGAAUGGACUGUGCAUCCCAAACAUUCUGAGUAAACACAAAGCAGACAGAUUACCAAGUCAUUCUCUUCCUGAUUACACCAGAUUUUCUCCAGCCAAAAUUGCACUUCGUCGACAUUUGAACCAAGAUCAUACUGGAAGUGAAAAGCUUGCCCGUGAAGUACAACAGACCUGUGCCCAGAGGAUUGAAAAUCUAAAAGAAACUGGCGCGCCUCAUCAAAGUCCAGGAAUUCCAAAUGGUGUUCAGAAUGGUUUGAGUGAACUGCAGCAGCCGUCAUCCCCUGUGUCCCAGCAGAUCACAUGUGAGAAAAGUGCAGAGAAGUUUUCUAAAGAUGGCAGCAAAAGUCCGAUUAAUAAUUCUGAAACCAUAACCAGCCUACCGAUCAGUAUUCCACUGAGCACUGUUCAACCAAACAAAUUGCCUGUCAGCAUUCCUCUGGCUAGUGUAGUUCUGCCAGUCCGUGCUGAAAAAGUGAGAAGCACACCUAGUCCUAUUCAUGUUUCAAAUCGUGAUUUAUCAAUGCUUGACAAACAAUAUGGUGCUAACUAUGGAAAUGUGGCUGGAAGUAAAUCACAGUCUUUGACUAACUCAGGUUUUUGUUACUCAGCUGGCUCUGUGGCAGUCAAUGGGGUCCAUUCAGGUUCUCCAACUCAGUCAGUGCUCACCAGUCAUGACAAGAUAUUAUUAGAAGAUUCUGAUUCUACCAAUGAAGGUAUUCUUUCCAACAGUUCUGUCCUGCAGAGCUUCAACCCACAGAAUCCAACAAUGCACCUGAUGCAGUCUCAAAGUUCUGAGCAAAACACUCCCACUACACCGCAUUCAGUCAGCCCGAGGCUGUCCAGUGCUCAAAAUCUAGCAACCAAUUCUUCAAGUAUGGGUGGGGUUUUACAGUAUGUGGACACACACAAAGCCUUCUCGGAGGUAAUAAAAAAAGAUUUACAGUCAGACCACGGUGCCUCGGAUCAGGAGAAUGAAUCUAAACGGAGAAUAAUAUUUUCCACUACUAAUGGUGGAAAUGUCAAACAGCCUACUUUAAAUAAGCAGACUCCCCUUUCUUCAGCCGUCAAAUUAGAAUCUGGACAGACAGUGUUGCAAGAAGGAAAAAAGAAGAGCAGAAGGAAACGUUCUUCUUUAACAUCCAGUUUAAAUGCAGGUAGCUCUCCAAAGCGAAAAUCGCUGCUUGCUGCAUUAGGGCUUUCUUCAGGAUCUCCUUUGAACAUAAGUUCUAUGGUCAAUAACAUUAAUCAACCUUUGGAAAUAACAGCAAUUUCAUCACCAGAAACUUCAGUGAAGAGCUCUCCUGUUCCCCAUCAAGAUAAUGAAGGGCCUCCAAGUUUGAAAAAGAAAAAGGUCUUUGCCUCCAAUGGUGUUCAUUACUCUCCACUUACGUCUGAUGAAGAGCAGCAGGAGGAAACUGAGCAGAUUAAUGGAAGGAUUGACAAAAAAAUGGUGCAAAAUCAGUGUACUGUAUCAAUUGAAAGUAAAGAAAUUUCAAUCGUUUGUGGAGAUGACAAUCAAGGUGGAAGCUUACCAGUGCGGAAGCAAGGACUCAGUUGCAGUAAUACAACUAACAGUAGUAAAUGGAAAUCCACUUUCUCUCCAAUAUCUGAUAUCAAUUUGACGAAGAACUCUGACAACACAUCUCAGUCAGCAGCUGCUUUAUGCCAAGUAUCUCCUUUUGGUCCCAGGACCAUUACAGGUGAACUUUCGGUCAGUGAUGCUAAAAUGGGAUCCCAUCAGAGGAAGCACAUAACCACCCCAGUCUCAGUGGAAGAAAAUGGUUGUCAUGCAGUCUCACCUAUCACUCUUAAUUACCAUUCUGGACGAUCUGCAGAUAUCAGUUUACAUGAUUAUAAUGAAGGUGCUUGUUUAGCUCGUAAAACUUCAGAGAUGGUGGGGCUGAAUUCCAGUGCACUGUACCAGCUGACCAGGAACAAAGUCGACUCCAAUAUUGACUCAAAUCUCUCCUCAAACAAGAAGCAACCUGAUGGGUUGACUGGUGCAAAAGGCGAUGAGCUGAGCAAGUCAGGGGUCAAAGGUAUUUUUAACCAUGUGGUGCCUUCAGUCUCUUCUCAUCAGUUUGGAGCCAAUUUCGGCAAUGUUCCAGUAUCUAGUAGCACGAUGUUAAACUUUAACCCACUACAGACUGCACCUACAACUUCCCAUUCAUUUCUGUCUGUUACUUCCAGUACAUUAUCUCCUGCUGAGAGCAGAAUGUCCCCGUACCUUACCCGGGCACCUACGCAGUCUGUGCUUAACACGCCUCCCCCAAAUAUUUCCUUACCACCACCACCUCCACUGUUAAAUUCAAACAGUCCUGAUCCUUCACUUUUCCGUAAUAUGUCCACUGUUAGUGAUGGAUACUUGUCUUCUUCCAUUUCUUGCUCCUCUUCAACUGCCUCGCUUCAAUCUGCUAACACAGCAUUAGCCAUGAAGCUUGCAUCCCUGCAGCCCAAAGCCCCUCACCCUUCCUUUACAGUGCAUCACCCACCAUUGUCACGCUCAGCGCUUGCUCAGUCAGCACCUCUCAUCCCUCAGUCCAGCACAAAUACAUCUGCAAUGUGGGUCACACUUGGCAUGCAGUCUCCUUAUGCUACACAUUUCUCUGGGGUUAAACCUCGCUAAGAACUCACGUACUUUAUCAGUCUUAUAAGGUAAUUAGGAAUUCUACCUCAAAACAAUGUGACCUAUGCAAGGACGAUGUGGACCAACUUCAUCCACUCCAUCAAACAAAAGGUGCUUGAGUGGCCUGCAAACAUUGUUUUGCUUCUUUACUACUGGAAAAUAAAAGCAAAUACAUUUUACUGUGAAUUGGUUUUAGUGUUGCUGCAAAACAAUUGGCUCCUGUUGUAUGAUGUUUUAGAAACUAUUUAUCUUUUUCUUCCCCAAGUGAUUGGGGCUUGUCAUUGUUCCAACAAGCCGAUAGAGGCUUUGAAGUGUGAAGUGCAGCGCACACCAGCAUUCAUUUGUUAGCCUGCUGUUGGUGCUAUUUAAACCACCACAAACUGUGCCUCUGUGGAUUCUGUUCCCUGGUGCUUAUUCUGAAAAGUUGAAAGCUGAAUAGCUGCAACCUGUUUCACAGCAACAAGUGAUAUCCUUGUAAUAUUUUGCAUCACUUGUUAAUAGAUUGGUACUUGAUGCAAAUAUUGCUCAGCCUUUUUUCAGUUUACUUUAUACAAGUACAAUCCGGCUCUUCUCUUCCACUGUUUCUGAUCUUUUGUAUGUUAAAUAGUCAUUCAUGAUAACAACACAAAAAUA